AAAACAUUUGUUGUUCUGAGCAACAACAAGAGCAGUGUGAAGUAAUUUGUCAUUAAAUUGUCGUUAAAGUGCAGCAUGCUGAAGCAACCGAGGACAUAUUAAGGCAGCAGCUACGUUUUCUUUUGGCUGUUGUUGUUUUGGUAAACUUCUGGGCAACAUAUUGUCGCCGCCGACCGCAACACUGGGCAAAAUUAUGAACUUGUGUUCCUCGGCGGGUGCAACGGCAUCGACCACAUCAUUAUCGUCCACAGGGCAAGGGGAAAGCAACGGCGGAGGCGGCGUUACAGAAGCACUAACCACAAAUUGCUUUGGCGGCGGAGGACACUCUGAGGCAUCGGCGUACAACGGCAGCAACGGUCAACAGAGUAACGGGCACCAUAAUCAGCCACACAACAACGACAACAAUUGCAGCAGCAGCGGCAGCAACAACAUGCCGCCCGAGACGCGUCCCAAAAUGGUGACAGUGAAGCAUCCGGAAUCGAACAAGCCGAAGCCGACCACCAAGAAGAGCAAACCCAUACAGGCGGAUCAGGAUGUGAUCAAAGCGUUGCAACGCUGUCGAGACGAAGGUAUUAAACGACUGGACUUGAGCAAAUCCUCCAUAACAGUCAUUCCCAAUACGGUUAAGGAGUGCGUGCACCUCACCGAGCUAUAUUUAUACAGCAACAAAAUUGGCCAGCUGCCGACAGAAAUUGGCUGUUUGGUGAAUUUGCGCAAUUUGGCAUUGAAUGAGAACUCGUUGACGUCGCUGCCCGAGAGUCUCCAGCACUGCACACAACUUAAGGUGCUGGAUCUGCGCCACAACAAGUUGGCCGAGAUUCCGCCGGUCAUAUACAGACUGCGCUCGCUGACAACGCUAUAUCUGCGCUUCAAUCGCAUUACGGCUGUGGCGGACGAGCUCCGUAAUCUGGUCAACCUUACAAUGCUGAGCCUGCGCGAGAACAAAAUUCGGGAACUGGGCAGUGCUAUUGGCGCAUUGGUAAACCUAACCACGCUCGAUGUAUCGCAUAAUCAUCUGGAGCAUUUGCCGGAGGAUAUUGGGAACUGCGUCAAUUUGAGCGCCCUGGACCUGCAGCAUAACGAGCUGCUGGACAUACCCGAGAGCAUUGGCAACCUGAAGUCAUUGGUGCGGCUGGGCAUGCGCUACAAUCGGCUGACCAGCGUGCCAGCCUCGCUGAAGAACUGCAAGUGCAUGGACGAGUUCAACGUGGAGGGCAAUGGUAUCACUCAGCUGCCAGAUGGUAUGCUGGCGAGCCUCAGCUCACUGACUACUAUCACGCUGUCGCGCAAUCAGUUCACCAGCUAUCCAACUGGCGGACCGGCACAGUUCACGAACGUGUACAGCAUUAAUUUGGAGCACAAUCGCAUUGAUAAGAUACCGUAUGGUAUAUUCUCACGCGCCAAGGGCCUGACCAAACUGAACAUGAAGGAGAACAUGCUGACGGCGCUGCCUCUGGACGUGGGCACGUGGGUUAAUAUGGUGGAGCUUAAUCUGGCCACCAAUGCGUUGCAAAAGCUGCCAGAUGACAUAAUGAAUCUGCAAAAUCUUGAGAUACUCAUACUGUCCAAUAACAUGCUCAAGAAAAUACCCAAUACCAUUGGUAAUUUGCGCAAGCUGCGCAUUCUCGACCUCGAGGAGAAUCGUAUCGAAGUGCUGCCCAACGAGAUCGGACUGCUUCACGAGCUUCAGCGACUAAUUCUGCAGACGAACCAGAUUACCAUACUGCCGCGCAGCAUUGGCCAUCUCAGCAACCUAACGCAUCUCUCCGUAAGCGAGAAUAACCUGCAGUUCCUGCCUGAGGAGAUAGGCUCGCUCGAGAGCCUUGAGAAUUUGUAUAUCAAUCAGAAUCCGGGCCUGGAGAAACUGCCCUAUGAACUGGCCCUCUGCCAGAAUCUCAAGUAUUUGAACAUCGACAAGUGCCCGCUUGGCACAAUUCCGCCCGAGAUACAGGCCGGCGGCCCCUCCCUGGUGCUGCAGUGGCUCAAGAUGCACUCCCCUUAUCGGCAAAUGUGAGAUGUGGAUGGCGUCUGGCGCACUGUCUAUGUGGGCAACGACUGCUACUAUCAGUACGAGCUUCAGACGGUGCAACAGGCGCAGGGAAAGCAGGCGGGUGGCGCCAGUGGCAGCAACGAGCGACGCUAACACUUGCUGCGCUACACAUGCGCGCUGAGCUGAGCCGCAGUCGAUGAGGAAGGACGGGACUCUGCGUAAUGGCUGGCAAAUUAUAGCUUUAAAAUGUUAUACCAAUGCACGACGGGUGGGUGUGCAACCGCCUCUUCUGUUCGAGAGUCUUUUUGAUGUCAUUUGAACUGCCCUUAUUUACACUUUUCCUAAGUUUAAUUUUAGUUGAACCUUUCCAUGGCACAAAUCCAUUUAUUUGGUCAUUUGUCACACUUGCUUCCAAGCUAGUCAAGAAUUCAGAAACGAUAUAAUUAAUGUGCACAGUUUUCAAUUCAUUCUAAAUUUGUUUUAUGGCAAAAAACAAGUAACAACCCGAAAGUUAUGAAAAUUGAUGUUGUAAAAACCUCACGAAUAUCUAAAUUUAAUGUUGAAAACGAGAUCACUCAUGCGCCAAGGAAUUGUUUAAAAAAUAUUAAUAUUAUAUACAUAUAAAAAUUAGACAUACUUUGAUUAAGCAGCAAAUACGCAAGAGGUAAUGCAAAGUAUUAAACACAAUUGUUCAACAUCAACGUAACUAUAAACAAAAACACAAAAAAAACUGAAAGCCUAAAAUUGAAAAAAAAAAAAAAAUGGUUUGUCUUUUGUGUUUGGCUCCAUUAACGAACUUGUUCCACAAGGAAUCAUUUUACGUAUGUAUUAGCCAUAGAGCAAAAUUAUAAUAGUAUAGUAACAUACCAUAUAUAUAUUGUUUCCAAAUGUGAAAAACUACCUUCAGUGUUAGUGGCAGCGAAAAAAUUGCAAUUGCCAAUAAAUGUAAGAAUAAAUAACAUGCAUGUGUAUUAAAUAUAAUUUAAUUGCAUUUAGCUACUAUAA